CAGGAGUACCGCAAGGCUCUGUGUUAGGUCCCUGUUUGUUUUUACUCUACAUCAAACGACGUCACUAAACAUAGUUGUCUCUCUAUGCUGAUGACAUGUUACUUUGCAAGCCAAUCACUUGUCAGACAUAUUAUUGUGACGAAAUACAGCAGGAUUUUAAUAGUGGUCAGAUUAGAAAAUGUUGUCUUUUAACAGAAACAAAAUUAAUACAAGUGUAUGUUGCUGUCCAACAAACGCAACAAUUCUCCGCCAUCAAUUAUCAGCCACUUGAGUUUGUCCAGCAGUACAAGUGUUAUUCUAUCAAGCAACCUAUGCUGGGUAGAAAAGUUCUAGGC